AUGUCUCGCAUCACGGAUGACCCCGAGCACUCCCCGAGGGACUGCGCCACCAAGCACCGCCACCACCACUCGGCUGGGCGCCGCCGGCUGCUGAUCGGGGCGUUGUCGGCGGCGGCCUCGCUGCUGGCCUUGGCCAUCAUACUCUGGCUCACCCUCCGCCCUUCCAGCCCGCGCUUCACGCUGCUGGCCGCCACCGCCACCGCCCCCAACGCCACCGCCGGCGGCAUCGUGCGGCUCGACGCGGCCUUCGUCGCGCACAACCCCAACGCGCGCGCCGCCGCGCUCUACGACCGGCUCCAGGCGCGCGCGUCCUACGCCGGUGUCCAGCUCGCCGCCACCGCGCCGCUCCCGCCGUUCCAGCAGGCCCAGGGCGACGCCGUGCUCACCGCCUCGCUCUCGGCGUCAUCUGCGGCGGCGUCGGCAGCCGAAACCGCAGAGGCCGGGCGCACGACGCUGCUGCUGAGGCUGCGCGUCGAGGGGCAGCUCCGGUGGAAGGUGUCCGCCUGGGUGUCCGGCAGCCGCGCCCUCGCCGCCGAGUGCGUCGCUGUCGUCGUGCCGUCGCAGCUCACGGCCGUCGUAGUGCAGGGUUCCCAGUGCGCCACCACCCUCCAGUGA